AUGGUGGGACAAGGCCUGCUGAAGCGAGAAAACCGUUCUCUACGCACACACGGAGUGCGCCUCACCCCCAAAAUCCCUCCGGCACGGAGUUAUAAGAGCGUGCGCGUCGACCUCCUGCCCAGUCCCUCCCCUUCCCAGCCCCCAUCCGUGCUACACCAUCGCCUUCGCUGCGUUUGUGCAGGCCGCAAUUCAACAGGUCUGCUGGAGUGGGUGCGUGCCUUCCCACACCAUUCCGCCAACAAACAGUGCGUUGGCCAUUUCCGUUUUACCCGCUGCAUUUCCUCGCCCACCCCCCUCUCUCUUCUGCUUGCCCAUUCACGAAACGUGUGGUGGGCGAAAGUGCAUCAACACCCCUCCACACCCACCACCACUACCCCAUCAUCAUCAUUACCAUCAUCUUUACGUCCUUCAAGGGCGUGCGCGACCACCACAUCCACAUUAACCGCGCUGCUGCUGCUGCUGUUGCUGUGGGGUUGCCAGCCGUUAACGGCAAUAGAGUGGAGACAACAGAGUGGAUCUCCCCAACCCCUUCGCCGCUCACGCCUCGGCUCAUAG